AUGGCAUCUGCAAAGGCUUACGACAUCUUGGUGAUGGGCGCCUCGGGCUUCACAGGACAGCUCGUCUCGAAGUACCUCGCUACCCAGGCCCCGCUUCAGAACUUCACCUUUGCCGUCGGCGGCCGCAACCGGCAGAAGAUCGAGGAGAAGAUGAGGGAGGUUGGCGUCAAGCCGGCAGCGGUCCUCAUCGCCGACUCGUCUGAUGAAGAAGCGCUUCGCAAGGCCGUCAAGCAGGUCAAGGUCGUCAUCUCCCUCAUCGGGCCUUACCUCAUCCACGGCGAGCCGCUCGUCAAGGUCUGCGCCGAGGAAGGCGUCCACUACGUCGACUUGACCGGCGAGAAUCCGUUCAUCUACAAGACGAACCAGAAGUACGGCCGCAUCGCUCUCGAGAACACAGCCACCAUCAUCCACUGCUGCGGGUUCGACUCGAUCCCGUCCGACAUUGGCGCUUUCCUCGCCGUCCAGCGUCUCAAGCAGGCCGGCGGAGACGACGUUCGCGCCGGCAAGGUCCGUACGUCGUUCCGCGCAAAGGGCGGCAUGUCGGGCGGAACGCUCGCAUCAAUCGUCAACAUGCGCGAGACGGAGGACAAGGAGGCGCUCAAGGUCGCGGCCGACACCUACGCCCUUUCGCCAAUCCGUGGUGUGCAUAAGGGACGACCGGUCGUCGUCGGCUCGCAAACGUUCCAGGGCAAGACGACCUGGGGCGCGUUCUUCAUGAUGGCGCCCGUCAACACGGCCGUCGUGCAUCGAUCUUGGGGCGUUCUCGAGUCGGCCGACCCCUCUUCUCGCGUUCUUGCCUACGGCCCUCGUUUCCACUAUGACGAGUUCCUCAAGAUGCCCGGUCCCAUCUCCGCCUUUCUCGCAAGUCUCACCUUCUUCACCGUCUUCGGCUCGAUCUUCCUGAUCUCGCCCAUCCGAUGGCUCGUCAAGCGCUUCGGACCCAAGUCGGGCGAGGGACCAAGUCCCGAGGCGCAGCAGAACGGCUGGUACGAGACUACGACGGUUGCGAAGAGCGAGGAUGGGCGGUACGAGUCUCGCGUGGUGCAGAAGGCGAAGGGUGACCCUGGAUACCUUGCAACCUCCGUCUUGAUCUCCUCCUGCGCCCUCUGCCUUCUCAAAGACUACGACCGCCUCCCUCCUAUCGCCAAGCACGGCGGCUUCCUCACGCCUGCGACGGCGCUCGGGAACGUCCUCGUUGAGCGGCUCGAGGCGACCGGGCGGUUCCAGUUCAAGGUCGAGGACGGAGGUGACGCAAGGAAGACUCGCUGA